GGUGAGUGAAGGUCCUGAUGCAGGAAGAGUGUAAAACCGCAGCUGGUGCGCGGCGGAGGGCACAUAAAACGACGGAUCACAUAGAAGUGAAAAGUAGCCGUGCGAGUAGUGUCCGCAUAGUGAAGAAAAACUGCUAGUUUUCCGCGAUUCACGGCAAUACGGCGUCGGAAUGUCCCCUCAAGUAGACCGCCCGACGAGUAAUUGUACAGCUCGUACAAUUUCGCGAGUGAAAGUGUAAAAAGGGAUUUUUUCUCUGUCCGUGGUGAAGUGAUUUAAUGGCCGUGUUCGAUGAUAGUGGCAGCAGCAGCAGUACCAACAACAGCAGCAACAAUAUUAUUUGCAAGGUGAAAAACAGCAAUGGUAACAGCGUUGUUGGCAGCAGUAUUAGCUCCAGCAACAGCACUUCUACAAAUAUUACUAGCAAAGGGGAAACCGCGACAGCGAAGGAUACGGGAAAACUUCCCAACCUGUCUUUGUACGAGGAACGCACCAUGUCGGCCGACACGGACGAUACGGAUGACGAGCAGCAGCUCGAGGUUCUCGAUCCGUACUCGCAGCUCGAGGAGGAUCUACGGAACAUCAAAUCCGUCAUCCAUGUCACCCGGGAAAAUAUCGAUGCGCUGAAUGCCAAGUUUGCCGACUUCCAGCAACCUCCGACGCUCUAUCUGGAGGAGUACCAGGAGCUGACCUCGAAGCUGCACGACCUCGAAACCAAGGAGCAGGAGCUAAUGGAGCGGAAAAGUCAAAUGCAGGCACAGGCGGCCCAGGGCGAACGGGAAUCGACGAGUGAACCGAGCGAGCCGCCUGAUCCGGAGGAACGUGUUGAGGUCGACAGCAUGUGCGGCACACUGAGCCGGCAGCCAAAGAUACUGCUACGGGCCCACCUGCCGAACCAGCAGCGGACCUCGGUUCAGGUUGUUCCCGGAAUGCGACUGAAGGAUGCACUCGCCAAAGCUCUCAAGCGACGCAAUCUCACCUGUGACAUUUGUGAGGUAACGUUGGGCAACAGCGAUUAUUCGAUUCCCUGGGAUACCGAUGUGAGCAUGCUGCACUGUGAGGAGGUGGUAGUUCGCAUUCUAGACAUCGGCUUUCCGACGUAUAUUUCACAUCAAUUUAUCCGGAAGACGUUCUUCUCGUUGGCAUUUUGCGAGUGUUGUCGCCGAUUGCUUUUCAGUGGAUUCUACUGUAAUCAGUGCAAUUAUCGAUUCCAUCAGCGGUGUGUGGACAAGGUUCCGCUGGUGUGCAGCAAGCGGCACAUGGAUAACACUUUCUAUCAUCACUUACUCGCCAAUCCGGAGGGCACGGUAGGCAUAAUCAAUCCCGGCACGGUCGGCUACAGCACUAGUCUGCGACAUCCUCGCUCGCUCAAUCAGCAGGAUCGAUCAAACUCGGCACCCAAUGUGUGCAUCAACAGCGUCAUGAAACCGCUGUUCGGUACCGUGGACAAUCGGCCGUUAAUCAACUGCAGACCACUCCAGGUAGCUCAAGCUAACCAGGAACAUUCACAUUCCACACAAGCAUCACCAACGAACACGUUGAAGCAUAGUAAGCGCCCGAGGGCACGUUCGGCCGAUGAAAGCAAUAAGAAUCUGCUGUCGCCCCGGGACUCCAAGCAGUCCGAGGAGAAUUGGAAUAUCCAGGCAGAGGAGAUCCUCAUCGGGCAACGCAUCGGCUCCGGAUCAUUCGGGACGGUCUACAAGGCGCACUGGCACGGACCGGUAGCCGUGAAAACCCUGAACGUGAAAACACCAAGCUCGGUGCAACUGCAGGCGUUCAAGAACGAGGUGGCCAUGCUGAAGAAGACUCGUCACUGUAAUAUACUGUUGUUUAUGGGUUGUGUAUUGUGUUUAAAAUUCGGAACCACUUACGGGGCCGGCAGCAGUUAUUAUAAUGAUGUGCGAGCUCUCUCAACAGUAAGCCACAUCUCCUAUUUCUGUCAGACUGGUGUAAAUAAUCACAAGGUUUCUCUUCUGAGGAGAGAAUGAAAUACGUUACAUAAAAAAAACUAGAUUAUGCAAAAAUAUGCUUUGCGGAUGGCAAACACACAAACAGAUGUAUCCCAAUUUUCCUAUCAUGGUCUGGAGAAAAAUCUGAGUACCAUCAUUUCUACUUAAAUCGUUUCAAAGAUUGUUAGGACACUGUAUUUUAAAAGAGAUUUAUUUUUUAUCUUACUGAGAGCUUAGGUUACUUUUUAUUCUGUAAAUAUAAUUAGGUUUAUAUGAAAGUUAUAUCUAAUAUGUGUACAAGAAUCCUGUCGAUGAUUUCAGUUAGUUUUUAGUUCAACACAUCACUGAUACAUAGUUUGUAAGACAAUCUGAUUCUAGCAACGUCGUUCUAACUGGUGGUUUGAAAUCCGAAUUAGAUUCCGAAAAAAGGCUAUGAAUCAUUUCAGCUCUGACAAGCCCAUUUUUUACUGAAUACAACAAUAGUAGAAGAAAGAUUAUGCUUCACAUCAAAAUUUAGGUAUCACAUGAGAGAUUCAGAUACUUCGCAAUUAUUUGAAAAUGAACUUUGAUUUUUUUUAUUUAUUACAGUCUAUUUUAACAGACUAAUUGAUCUAACCUAGUUAGAUCUGAUUCAAAUGGGGAUAACAACUUUCUGCGAAACGAUUGUCAUUUGCUAUUUUUGGUUUCAACCUGCCAGUACGAACCGAAAUCAGUUUGUGAACAUGAAACAUUAUUCAUUCUGUUAUCCAGUGCAGCUGUACGAUUUAUAUUUUGCUCAAAAUCUGUUACAAAAAAACGUGAUGUUUAGUAAAAUGCUAUCUAAAAUUCUCGCCAAUAGUUUUGCAAAGAUCGAAUAGCCUUUAAGGUUGGCGUAUGACACGUGAUAAGUUUUCUCCAUAUAUAGAGGUACCUAAAAAGUUACUUUUCCAUCCAUGAAUUCCUAAUAGUGGUGCCAUUGCAAUGUAUAAAAUAAAAUCUCUUACAAUCAUGAUUAGAAUCGGACAAAAGCUGGGUGACUGACGUUUGACGUCCACAAUGACCAAAAUUUUCCAUAAACACGUUGAUCUAUUGAACGCGUCUGAAAUGUGCGUUGUUCUGGGUUGUAUCAAAAUGUACAAAAAGUUCAAACAAAUCGGGUUUUCCAGAUUAUCAAUUUAUUAUUCCUUCUAAUGCAAUUGCAUUUUAUCAUUUCCGGACAUACAUGCUUGCUUUCUAAUAGCGAUGGCAGUUCUGCUCAAAAUCUGAAAUAAAAAAUUGUUACAGGGAGGACUUCCUCAAACGCUCGGAGCGAUCUAUGAUUAAUCAUUUUUGACAAUGAAUAGAUUAUCGUCUGAUGAUUGUAUUACAGUACAUAUCUGUUAAUGCAUUAUAAGUAACUUUAACUAGUUGACUGAUUUGAACCUAGGGCGUUAAGAUUAAAAGACGAGUUGUCAAAUCACAAACAAAAUUUUAAUAAAUUUAUGAUUAAACUCUUAACCUGUUUUUUUUUGGCUGAACAUGAUAAUAUUUGACGUUUUUAAAUAUUUUCAUAAGGUCUUAUAUUUUUUGGGCGUUUUUUGAAACAUUGGCUUGGCAAAAAGGCUUGUUUAAAAGUAAUUUUUUUUAAAACUGUAUCUAAUGUGAAUUUUUCAAAUACCUAAUUCAAACCUGUUUUUCAAAACAGCUGAACAAUUUGUUCGAUUAUGCAUAUCCCAUUAUUAUUGAUGCUAAUCUAGCAUUGCUAUAUUUAAAAAUUGAAAAUUCACAUUCAAAACCUGUAGUUUUUUUUAUCCCGAUUCGAUUUUUUUUCUCAAACUAAUUGCUGAUGUGGUCAAAGAAGAUUAAUCUGUCUGGCACAAUCGUUUGUAAAUGAUAAAAACGACACUGAACCUUUUAAUUAUGCGGAACACAAAAAAGAUACUUUACUGCAGUCUCCCAGUGUUUCACAGAAUGUGAAAACAUAACAGUAUUCAAAGUGCUGCCGUUUUAGCAGGUUCAGCAUUUCCAGAAAUUAAUAAACAAUUUUUACCAAAAGCAAAAAUAAACUAAAGUAAAAAAUAAAUCCCAACAAGAAGGUGUUCCGGAAUACGUCGACAAGCUAAAAUAACAGCAAUAGUCUAUAUAAAAAAAUCCAAAGAGAAAAGCGAGCUAAGUGAUCGCAAACUUUGACGCAAAACAUCCCAAUUCCAUUCUAAUCAUGAUAUAAAAAAAAAUUACACACUCAUUUUGCCUGACUUAACUGCUAACACAGAAAAACAAACAUUUGAUUGCAAAAUAAAAUACCUUAUGAUGGAUAUAAAA